AUGGCCCGUCGUCCGUCACGCUGUUACCGCUUCUGCAAGAACAAGCCGUUUCCGAAGUCGCGUUUCUGCCGUGGUGUGCCUGACCCGAAGAUCCGCAACUUUGACAUUGGCAGGCGCCGUGCUACGGUGGACGAGUUCCCCGUGUGCAUCCACGUGGUUUCUCGUGAACUCGAGCAGAUCUCUUCGGAGGCGCUGGAGGCGGCCCGUAUUCAGGCCAACAAGUACAUGGUGAAGCGUGCCAACAAGGAGGUGUUCCACAUGCGCAUCCGCGCCCACCCUUUCCACGUGCUCCGUAUCAACAAG